UGAAUCAUCAUGCAUUGCAUGUCUCACCUCACUAUCACGUCUUCCGUGACGACAAUCCUCCUACUGCCGCUUCGUAUGAUUUUAUCAAUGAACUCAACCUGUGUGAAAAGGGUAUUCCGUUAUUGGCGGUCAUGACCUACAUUUUGCUUCCAAACACAUCUGUUCGUAAAGACGUCCGCCUUGCGAUUCGGAAUCCUGUUACAGUCUCUCAACAAGAUGAGGCUAUACAAGAGAAACGAACGCCAACCGAGACACGGACCACGCAGGAUGAGACCUCAACUGUGGUCUCUGAGGCAUCAAUCAAGGCGUCGAUGAUAUCCUUGACAUUUGAACAUCCUAAUGUGGCCCGACUUCCUCGAAUCCUCUAUCCUCAGGCGCUAGACGAUAAUCUCCCGGACGACACCCCUCCGCUGUCUCUCUCAAGCAUUCGUUCUACUGGCUUUGAUACUGAGCUUCCACUAUCUCCCCCUCAACCACCUCCUUUAGUAGACGUGCAACUCUUCGAACCCAUCACUAUAGGCAAUUUUGCACAAGUAUGGCGAGGAUCGCCUACUGACAGCCAAGGAACCGUCGUCCCUAUCGUCUCCAAGAUGUACUCCCAGCGCUACUUUGAGGCUAUGAACAAGGAGACUCGUGCGUAUAGGCUUCUUUCUCGUCACCAACUGAACGACCUUGCCCCUGUGCAUUACGGUACAUUUACAAUGGCCGAUGAAUCUUGGGGUGCUGUAAUUUUGAGCGACGUUGGAGAAGCAUUCCAUUGUUAUUCGUGGGACGAAGCAGGGAUGAAUGCGGACGAACUCCGAACUAUUUGGAAGUAUGUGAAUGCUCUUCACUCGAUAGGACUUCAUCACCAUGACCUUGAGCCGAGGAACAUUGCGAAAGAUCGGAAUAGGACCUUGCGUAUUCUCGACUUUGAGCGAUCUUCACUAGACAAAUCGUGUCUUUGCGGCGAACUCGAGGGACUUGGCCAGCUUUUCGACUCUAUGAUGGAAUGGCGGUAGUGUCAUUGAAUAUAACCGUGAUUUUGUACUUGCGUCUGUCACUGGACUCUUCUGUGUAUUGCAUAACAAGGAAGAUUCACUCGUGAUCUCAACCUUGGAUUGAAUGAGACCCCCCAUGAUACCACCGAGAAGUGCACGCUCCACUUUGUAUCCUGGAUCGGAAGGCCAUCGUCUAGUAAGCUGCUACUCCGAAUAGCAAUGGGAGCAAAUUGAUGGUACGUUGCGUGAGGAAUGCCGCGGAGU